AGCAGGUCUGGGAGAGGCGCGGGCCCCGAGCGAGCGGAGCGCGGCCCCGGCAGGCGGCGGCCGCCCGGACGCUGGGCGAGGCCGGUGACCCAAUAGAGCCGCGGUCGGCGGGGGUGGGGGGGACCCCGCCCGGCCAGGCCGCCGCGCUCGCCGCCGGCCCGGGCCGAACCCUCGGCGACUGUGGGCGGCUCCGGCCCAGGGUGUGGACGUGCCGCGGGGCCCCGGCGCGGAAGGCGGAAGGGGGGCGCGGCGGCCGGGGUCGCCACCGCCGCCGCCGCCGCAGGCCCGGACGACCGACGCGCUCCGCGCGCGCCCCCGCCGGUCUUCCCCGCCGGCCCGCGCGCUUUCGCAGCUCCCGGCUCGCGCCGCCCGCGCUGCCGGAUCCGGGGAGGCGAGGAGGCGGGGGCGACACAAGAUGGCGGACCUGUCGCUGCUCCAGGAGGAUCUGCAGGAGGACGCGGACGGACCCCUGGACUUCAUCUCACAAGAUGAAAUGUUGACGCCGCUGGGAAGAUUGGACAAGUAUGCUGCAAGUGAGAACGUAUUUAACAGACAAAUGGUGGCCCGGAGUUUGCUGGAUACAUUGAGGGAAGUCUGCGAUGAUGAAAGAGAUUGUAUUGCUGUUUUGGAAAGAAUUAGCAGAUUAGCUGAUGAUUCAGAACCAACUGUGCGAGCAGAACUGAUGGAACAGGUGCCUCAUAUCGCACUAUUUUGUCAAGAAAACCGGCCUUCAAUACCGUAUGCUUUUUCCAAGUACUUACUACCUAUUGUGGUUAGGUAUCUUGCAGAUCAGAACAAUCAGGUGAGGAAAACAAGUCAGGCAGCCUUGCUGGCUCUACUGGAGCAGGAGCUGAUUGAGCGAUUUGAUGUAGAGACCAAAGUGUGCCCUGUCCUCAUUGAGCUGACCGCCCCGGAUAGUAAUGACGAUGUGAAGACAGAAGCUGUGGCUAUAAUGUGCAGAAUGGCUCCCAUGGUUGGGAAGGAUAUUACAGAACGUCUUAUCCUCCCUCGAUUUUGCGAGAUGUGCUGUGAUUGUAGAAUGUUUCAUGUUCGAAAGGUUUGUGCUGCCAAUUUUGGAGACAUUUGCAGUGUAGUUGGCCAGCAAGCUACCGAGGAAAUGUUGCUGCCCAGGUUUUUCCAGCUGUGUUCUGACAAUGUGUGGGGAGUCCGGAAGGCUUGUGCCGAGUGCUUCAUGGCAGUUUCAUGUGCAACAUGUCAGGAAAUCCGAAGGACCAAGCUAUCAGCCCUGUUUAUUAACUUGAUCAGUGAUCCCUCACGUUGGGUUCGCCAAGCAGCUUUUCAAUCUCUGGGACCUUUCAUAUCUACUUUUGCUAAUCCGUCUAGUUCAGGCCAAUAUUUUAAAGAAGAAAGCAAAAGUUCAGAAGAUAGGCCAGUAGAAGACCAAAAUAGGGUCUGCAAUCAAGACGUCCCUGGGGAAGGACAGAUCAGGCCAGAAGCUGUUCCUUCAGAUCCCAGCGUAUCUAACCCCAGCGUGAAAGUGGGAAGCCUACUGGAAGAUGGUGGUGCAGGCGCCUUCAGGAGCUCUUCAGAUGAAAUAAGCAUUCCAGUGGAUAGCUCUUUACUUUGCACUUUGUCCUCAGAGCCUCAUCAGGAAGCAACUAGUCAUGAGGAUGACAAAAGUCCUGGCAACCACCAGUCUGCAUUCCAACCAGAGUUCAGCAAUAGUUCGCAAGAUCCCGCUCCCUUAGAUCAGGAAUUGUACAACUCCUUCCAUUUCUGGAGGACUCCUCUUCCUGAAAUUGAUCUAGAUAGGGAACUCCAGGAGGACUCAGGGAAGAGUCUCAGCCCAGAGAGAGCAGAGGAAGCACCAGAAGCUCCCGUGCCAGGUUCUCCAAACAUCACCAUGGCCACCAGGAAGGAGCUAGAAGAAAUGAUAGAAAACCUAGAGCCACACAUUGAUGACCCAGAUGUGAAAGCACAGGUGGAAGUGCUGUCUGCUGCGCUGCGUGCUUCCACUUUGGAUGCUCAUGAGGAGAUGAUUGGUGCAGACCAAACACAGGAGCCGCAAGAAGAGCAGGGUAUAAAAGAGUCACCCAACUCUAACAUAAGUCAAGAAGAUUCUGUGCCUUCUUUAAUCAGCGAAUCUGUUGAGAACACAGAUGCCAGUCCUCAGUACGUCCAUGACAGCGUAGAUGUGAGCAGCAGCAAUGACUUCAGCCCUGACCAAGAAAGGAGACCCAAAGUGCAGGACAUUGUGCCUCAGGCUUUGUUAGAUCAGUACUUGUCUAUGACUGAUCCCUCCCGGGCACAGACGGUUGACACUGAAAUCGCUAAGCAUUGCGCAUACAGCCUUCCAGGUGUGGCCCUGACCUUGGGCAGGCAGAAUUGGCACUGUUUGAGAGAGACUUACGAGACCUUGGCAUCAGACAUGCAGUGGAAAGUUCGAAGAACCUUGGCAUUCUCCAUCCACGAGCUUGCAGUUAUUCUUGGAGAUCAGUUGACAGCUGCAGAUCUGGUGCCGAUUUUUAAUGGAUUUUUAAAAGACCUUGAUGAAGUCAGGAUAGGUGUCCUUAAACACUUGCAUGAUUUUCUAAAGCUUCUUCAUAUUGACAAAAGAAGAGAAUAUCUUUAUCAGCUUCAGGAGUUUUUGGUGACAGAUAAUAGUAGAAAUUGGCGCUUUCGAGCUGAACUGGCUGAGCAGCUGAUUUUACUUCUAGAAUUAUAUAGUCCCAGAGAUGUCUACGACUAUUUACGUCCCAUUGCUCUAAAUCUGUGUGCAGACAAAGUGUCUUCAGUUCGUUGGAUUUCCUACAAGCUGGUGAGCGAGAUGGUGAAGAAGCUGCACGUGGCCUCCCCCCCGAGCUUCGGAGUCGACCUCAUCCACGAGCUGGUGGAGAAUUUUGGCAGGUGCCCCAAGUGGUCUGGUCGGCAAGCUUUUGUCUUUGUCUGCCAGACGGUCAUCGAGGAUGACUGCCUCCCCAUGGAGCAGUUCGCCAUGCACCUGAUGCCCCAUCUGCUCACCCUGGCCAACGACCGCGUUCCCAACGUGAGGGUGCUGCUCGCCAAGACACUGAGACAGACGCUCCUGGAAAAAGAAUGCUUCUUAACCUCAGCCGGCUGUCAUCAGGAAGCCGUGGAGCAGACUGUCAUGGCCCUCCAGAUGGAUCGAGACAGCGACGUCAAGUACUUUGCAAGCAUCCAUCCUGCCAGCACCAAACUCUCCGAAGACGCCCUGAGCACGGCCUCCUCCACCUACUGAACCCCGCGCCUGGGCAUCCGCGGUCACGGGAGCCAAGGGUCCACCGCCGAAGGCGGGCUGGGGCAGCGGCGGGGGGCGACACCUUCCCCCUGCUGACUUACAUAGGUGCCAGUUGCCUACACCUCCUACCAGGGGUUUUAAGAGUCAAGAGAAAGUACAGUAAACACUAUUAUCUUAUCUUGACUGAAGGGAAAAUAAUUUCUCAGAGGAUUGUAAUCGUCACCAAAGCCUUAACUCCUUCGUCUUCCUGACUGAAUGAAACUUGAAUUGCAGAGCAUAUUCCUCAUGGGAAGGAUGAGGUUCCCGGAGACCUGCGCUGCUCUCUCCUGGUCUUAUUUAAUGACUGAUAAACGGCAUUCUUUGUGCAGAAGGCGAUGCGCACCGGGAUAUGAAAGAGCUUCAGUAUUAGCCCUGACGGUUUCCUCUAGGCGUGGAUUCUGGGCUCGGGAGCCGCAGCCCAGCCCCAAGUGUGAAUAGUUCUUGAUGUGUGUAAAUGGCAAGAGAGAUUUUUUCUAAGGGCUUGAUGCUAACACUAAAAUAGAAUCUGAUGUUAACUCUUAAAUGCAGCAUAUUGCUGUACACAUUUACAGAAUGUUUGCUGAAAAUCUGUCUUGAUUUUUUUUUUCAUGCUGGUCAUGACCCGAAGGAAAUUUCUUAGCACAUAUAUGGUAUGUCAGGAGUUUUUAACUUGAUCAUGGUCAGCUCUGAGGUGCAACUUUCUCUUCCCAUGCUGUACAUACCUGUGACCACUCUGGGAGUGUGCAGUCUUAAUCAUGCUGUUAGAACUGUCAUGGUACAAGUUCUCUUGUCCAAAUAAAAUUUAUUAAUAAGAUCUAUAAAAAGUGCUAUAUACACUUUUGAUUGUUUUCUAGAUGUCUAUGAAUAAAUGAAAUAUGACCUGUAUUAAUGACUUAGUAUAAAGUGAGAAAACUAGAUUAAAAUAUUUCUUUUAACUAGUUGAGAAGUCAUUGUGGAAAUGCCUUUGUUCACUGGCUCAGUUCUGCUCUUGGCAGACAGCAGAGCCUCCUGAGUUUCUACUGCAGCCUGAGGACCACUGGGACAUUCUUGUGUGUGACAAAUCACAUGUCUUUGGUGUAGAACAAUCUUGGUUUGUCCUAAAGCUUCUGAGCUACAGGAGCUUCUCCUAGCCUCGUCUGUAUCUUUAUCUUUUCUGUUUCUCACAGGGUUGUUUUGCAGUCACACAAGAUUGCAUGAAAAGGCCCGUUAGUAGGGGGCUGUGUACAGAGAAGUCAUAGAGACCUUGUAUGUAGAAAUGGUAGUGCGCCUAUGGGAAAAACCUCUCGCCUGAGUCCUUGUGCUUUGUGAAUUUUGGUUCAACUUGCUCAGCUGGCAGACACCUCAGUAUGUUAGAGUAGAAGUCCCCUUGAGCCUGAAUGUGGAUUUCAGAAGACCAUUUCCCAACAAAAAUAGUACAUAAUGUAAAAUGGUAAUAAACACUAAGUAUCUUAGCAGACACCCAGGGCUUUUGAGCGGGUAUGUAGGAAGGGGAAGGCUGCGCUGUGCGUCAUUGCUCAGUCCAUCCGUGUGCUUGGGGACUUCUCUCCCCUAGAGCUCCCCAGAACACCUGCCCGUCCUCUUCCAGGACACAGGGCCUCCUUCCAGACCAGCCCGACAACCUCAAGCCUUGGCCUGUUCUGUGGUCUCUUCCACACUUACCUGUUAAUACGUGUAUUUUCAUCUUUCAACUCUGGGAAGUUAGGUGGUGUCUGCUGGGUUUGCUGACUCCCCAGCCCCAGGUUCCCGGGCUUCCUGUUUGCCUGCAGGGCUUGCUUGGGGACUGAUUUUGGGGUU